GCUGCCACACGCAACAUGGCGGAAACGUCUGUCUCAGCGCGUCCAAUUGGUUUAUUUGUGACAACGCGCCUUCCGCGCGCUCCCCUCCCGCUGGCGAUUGACUUGUACGUGCGCGUGACAGAGCUUGGUGCGUGUGCGCUCCCGCGUUGUCUGGUGACUCUGGUCCUCUUUUCCCAUCUAGCGCUGCAGGGAAGAUGGCGGCUCCGUGACUGGGAAGAUACCGGGAGGGACCGGGCCCGGCCUGAGGCGCAGAGAGAGGCAGGGAGUGUGUGCGAGGCCAUGGCCGUCUCUUGUGGAAGUGAAGACGAUGGAUUCAUGGCCAUUGACUCAGAAGAAGUAGAAGGAAGGAUGGAACAGGGGGAAGAGCUGCCCCCACAAGGGGAGACAAUACAGAGUGAGCACAGCCGGGUGAUGGUAGAGAUGCCGGAGGAGGUGCUGGAGUAUAUACUGUCCUUCCUCUCUCCCUACCAGGAGCAUAAGAGCGCCGCCCUAGUGUGCAAGCAGUGGUACCGCCUCAUAAAGGGGGUUGCCCACCAGUGUUACCAUGGCUUUAUCAAAGCAGUGCAAGAAGGAAACAUCCAAUGGGAAAGUCGCACCUACCCGUACCCAGGGACGCCAAUCACUCAACGCUUCUCCCACAGUGCCUGUUAUUAUGACGCUAACCAAUCCAUGUAUGUGUUUGGGGGCUGCACUCAGAGUAGCUGCAAUGCUGCAUUCAAUGACCUGUGGAGGCUGGAUCUGAACAGCAAAGAGUGGAUCCGACCCUUGGCUUCUGGUUCCUAUCCCUCCCCCAAGGCUGGAGCCACACUAGUUGUGUUCAAGGAGCUGCUGGUUCUGUUCGGAGGCUGGACCAGACCCAGUCCGUAUCCAUUACACCAACCUGAGCGAUUUUUUGAUGAAAUACACACUUAUUCACCUUCCAAAAACUGGUGGAACUGUAUUGUGACAACUCAUGGGCCCCCACCUAUGGCCGGUCACUCCUCCUGUGUCAUCGGAGAGAAAAUGAUCGUCUUUGGGGGCUCCUUGGGUUCUCGCCAAAUGAGCAAUGAUGUUUGGGUGCUGGACCUGGAGCACUGGUCAUGGUGUAAGCCCACUAUUACUGGGACCUGCCCUCAUCCUCGCGGGGGACAAUCUCAGAUUGUGAUUGAUAGUGAGACCAUCCUUAUCCUGGGGGGCUGCGGAGGUCCAAAUGCUCUGUUUAAGGACGCAUGGCUACUACAUAUGCAUGAGAGCCCUUGGACCUGGCAGCAGCUCAAGGUGGAGAACGAGGAGCAUGGUGCCCCAGAACUGUGGUGCCACCCUGCCUGCAGGGUGGGACAGUGUGUGGUUGUGUUCAGCCAAGCUCCCAGUGGCCGUGCUCCUCUCAGCCCGAGUCUGAACUCUCGUCCUUCUCCAAUCAGCGCUACUCCCCCUGCCUUGGCUCCUGAUAGCAGAGAAUUUCGCUCCCACUCCCCAGUCCGGGCCCCAGAUGAGGCCCCCUGUGUAAAUGGCCGCUGGGGGACACUGCGCCCCCGGGCUCAGAGACAGAAUACAGGUGGAUCCAGGGAGGGCAGUCUCUCUCCUGCCCGGGGGGAUGGCCUGUCUCCUGUACUUAAUGGGGGUGGUGUGUCUCCGGGUGCAGCACUGGACAGUCCCCUCCAGGUCGUUUCCCCUCCAGCCACUGAGGUGUGUGAGGCACGAGGGGCCAGUAAGAGCUCCCUCCCUGAGCAGAAAGACUUGUGCCUGGGAGCCUCGGACUACGAGUGGGAAAGGAAACGUAUGGACUCUGAGCUGGACUCUGCAGGUAGGACCCAUUCGGAGCAAACCAACGGCCUCCACAGCCCCCCGCACAUCACUACUACACUCUCUGGUGCUGUUUCACCCGGAGCACUACGGAGGGGACUGGAAGCUGUCAGAGCCAUGGCUACCUCCUCCCCCUCUUCAUCACAAAGUGGCACUUCCCCUCUGAGCCCCCCUGCCCUCUCCUCCCCCGUCUCCCCCAGUAGCGGAGCGGAAUCUGCACCCCGACCAGUUCAGGCACAGAAUGAAGGACAUUCCCUGCCCCCCAUAGCCCGCCGUUUAGGGCAUCACCCGCCUCAGUCGCUGAAUGUGGGCAAGCCGCUGUAUCAGAGCAUGAACUGCAAGCCCAUGCAAAUGUACGCCUUGGACAUUAAGGGGGCCCAGGAGCGGGGCCGAGUAAAGUGGAAAGUCUUUAGCAGCAGCUCUGUGGUUGGACCCCCCGAAACCAGUCUGCACACGGUGGUACAGGGGCGCGGGGAGCUGAUCAUUUUUGGUGGGCUCAUGGACAAGAAACAGAACGUCAAAUAUUACCCCAAAACCAACGCCUUGUAUUUUGUACGGGCCAAGAGAUAAUGUCAUGGAAUGGCUAACCAACCAGACUCUUCAUUUUCCCAGCCCCGCCCGCUUAUUUGCUUUAUACUCUUUUACACUACUUGUUCCCUUGUGUUUUUAGCUCUCGAUAUGAUGACACGAGCCAAUAAAGAAAAUAACAGCUGUA